GGGGGAUCCAUCCAUGGUGAUGAUGGGGCAGCUGGGGAAGCUGGUGGACGGGCUCAGGCCCAAGAUGCGGGCCGGUGGCGGCGGGAAGAAGAAGGCGGCGGCGGCAUACCAGCAGAUGGGCAAGACGGACAGCAUGAGGGUGGAGAUCAAGAGCCGGCAGGCCCAGAAGCUCAUCGCCAAGAACCUCGUCGCCGCCGACUCCAUGGGCCGCCGCAGGAGCAGGAACAAGCGCUUCUUCCUCGCCUUCUGAUCACCAGAGCUAGCUGUUCGUCUUCUUCUUCUUCUUCCUCUUCUUCACAAAGAAGAGCUGUCCUGCCCUAUGUCCUAAGUCCUAACCCGUGAAGUUUAGUGCUAGCUAGCAUAUGCAUACGGUUGCAUAUAGUGGAUGUAAAGAAAGCAAACAACAAAGCCCUCCGGCCGCUACCACCCGUAACCCCACACAGUUGGUGAUAUGUAUCUAUCUAUCUCUAUCUCACCCGUGAACUUGCUCUUCCAUUUAGCUGUCAAAGAACUUCAACCAUUGCAAACUGGGAUCAACGUACGUUUGUUCGGUUAAAUUGUACUCCUUCUGUAAAGAAAUAUAAAA